GAUUCAUUAUAAUUUCUUUGAAGAUUUAACCUUAUUUGAUUGUAUGUCGUUUUUCUUUACUAUCUAUUGUAAAUUUUGUUUAAACUUCAAUUAAUGUCUUAAAAAAAAAAAUUCAACAACUUCCCAAAAGUAGGACCCACAAAACUCAGACUUCUUCUAGCAAACAGGCACACAAUACUCCACGUGUCAAAAUCUAAACCUAAGAUCAAAAUGAAUUAAAAAAAAACAAAAAUCCACUAACUUAACUUAAAAAUGCCUCCAUUGUAGAAAUCUCUAGUCUCAUCCUGACCGUUGAAUUCGUUACUUUCUCUCUCUAUCACUCUCUUAAGUCUUAACUACACUCUCUCUUUCUCUCUCCUCUUUCUUCUUUUGUCCGCGGCGUUUCGUCUUCUACACCAUUUUCUCUCUCCUCUGCUAAAACUCAUUAUUAUAAACUUUUCUCCUCUUUUUCUCCUUUUCUUUUUUCUUUUUUUAAUUUUAAAUUAAAUUGUCUCAUCUCAUCCCCAAAAAAUAAAGAUAAAAUUAAAAUUAAAAAUAAAAAUCUUUAACCUCCAUCGAAACCCUAGAAAGCCGAAGAACAGCUAAAACCCUAGCGAAAGAAAUCGGAGUUGAAUUUCACUGAUUUCAUCGAUUUUUUUCUGUGUUUCUGAGAUUUCUGCAAUGUCGACGGCGUCGUAUGGUCGUAGUCGUAGCGGUGACAGAUUCUACAAUCCGCCGGCAGUUCGUCGGCAACUUCAGAAGUUGCAACAGCAGCAACAGCAACAACAGCAACAGCCGCAACAGCCGCAACAACAACAAAAACAGCAGCAGCAGAUUUUGUUGCAGAAGCAAAAACAAGAGAGAGAAGAGAUUAGGAGAGAGAAACAGCAUAAUCAUAAUCAAAAUCAUAAUCAGCAGUUGUUGCAGCAGCAGAGGCGGCGGAAGGAGGAGGAGGAAGUGGUGGUGGUGGUGGAGAAGCAGGAGAGAGAGAAGAGUUCGACGACUUCGUCGGAGAAUCGAGUGGAAUCUGAUGAUUGUGCUUCUACUGCAACUACUACUACGACGACGACGACACCGAAUUCGACGAAUUUGGAUCGAUUUUUGGAGGCGACUACUCCGUCAGUACCAGCUCAGUAUUUCUCUAAGACAAGCAUGAAAGGAUGGAGAACUCGGGACGAUGAGUUUCGAAUGUACUUUGUGCUUGGUGAUCUAUGGGAGUCGUUUAAGGAGUGGAGUGCUUAUGGAGCUGGAGUGCCACUUUUGUUAAACGGUAGUGACUCCGUUGUGCAGUAUUAUGUCCCGUAUUUGUCGGGCAUUCAGUUGUACAUAGACCCAUCAAAGCCCUCCCCAAGAACCAGAAUACCGGGGGAGGAGAGUGAUGAGUCAUCUAGAGAAACUAGUAGUGUUGGCAGCAGUGAUUGUGAAACCGAAAGAGGUCCUUGCAGUAUUGGUGCGUGGAACCAGCAGGAUCUUGGAGAGUCUAAUCUACAGGAUAUGAAGGCACUUUCACUGAGACAUAAACCCUUCAAUGGUUCAUCUAGUGAUGAAGGGGAAUUAUCCAAUUCACCUGGUGCUCUUACCUUCGAAUAUUUUGAGCAUGCUCCUCCCUUCAGUCGGGAACCAUUGGCUGAUAAGAUAUCGCUUCUAGCAUCACGUUUUCCGGAACUUAAAACAUACAGGAGCUGCGAUUUGUCAGCAUCAAGUUGGAUUUCUGUUGCAUGGUACCCGAUAUACAGAAUUCCUACUGGUCCGACCCUCCAGAACUUGGAUUCCUGCUUUUUGACUUUCCACUCCCUCUCAACACCUUUACGUGGUGGACAGAGUGAGUGGCAAAGUCAAUAUGGGUCAUGUCCAAGGGAGAUUCCGAAUGGCUUCAAUAUGGGUCUUAAGAUGCCAUUGCCAAUUUUUGGAAUGGCCUCUUACAAGUUCAAAAUCUCGGUCUGGGAUCAAAAUGGAGUUGAUGAAUGUCAGAGGGCCAAUUCCCUGUUGCGAGCUGCUGAUGAGUGGCUCCGGCUUCUGAAUGUAAAUCAUCCUGAUUACAACUUCUUCCUCUCUCACAGUUUCAGCUGUAGAUGAGACCGAGGGGGCUGAUGAAAGAGAGCUAAUAGCUGACUCUUCACAGCUCAGCUGACUAUAAGUAUUUUAAAUUUGUUGGCUGAGCAUUGCAGAAUUCCCCCAUCGCCUUUCUGUUCCUCGAUCUGCAACUCUGGUUUUGCAAUUACUUGUAUUUUCUGAGGAAAUUUAGAAACAUCAGCUUUUUGGUAACUUGCAAGCUCAACUGGCGGGGAGGAUCAAGCUUAUCCAUGUAAUUUGCUAAAUAACUCGCUGUACCAUAACUUUCUGAUGUGAAACGGUUGUUUAUGAGGACGGGAUUCUGAGAAUUCCUAGGCCUCUUCAAGGUAUCUGGGCUUUUGUUUGCCAGUGUAUGAUUAGGCUACUUUGUCUUCGUUAUGAGACGGAAAGAGUAGAUAAUAUAUGAGCAAGCUAUUAUUUGUACA